CUGCUCGUCAUCCCGCGCCCCUGGUCAACCACAACCACCAGCCAAGAUGCGCCGCAGCCAGCGCCCAUACGAGCGCCCACAGAGGCCGAUAUGACCAAGACCUUUGGCAGCCUUCUCCCACAAGCAACAUACCUGACCACGCCCCAAGGGAGAGCAGCAUACUAUGACUACCCGCCCACCACCUCCACCAACACAACAACAACAGCCCCAUCAUCCUCUUCCCCAGACCACCACGCAGCACCCCUCCGCAUCCUCAUGAUCCACGGCAUCCAAACCCCAGCCCUGGGCCUCCAGCCCCUCGCCACAGACCUCCGCAGCCGCUUCCCAACAGCUCACAUCGCCCUGCUCGAUCUCUGGGGCCACGGGUUAACCGACACCCCUCUCAGCCCCCACGUGCCCUCGCUGUUCUACAGCCUUUUGGACGCGGUCCUAGCUGCGCUGGGAUGGCAGAGCAGCGGCACGAGCAGCAGCAAGGUGCAUCUUGUCGGGUACUCGUUCGGCGGCUCGCUAGCGGCAGGGUACGCGGCGCUCCGCCCUGAAGCGGUGGCUUCUGUGUCCUUUAUCGCGCCGGCAGGGUUGAUGUGGCGCUCGGCUCUGUUCUCGGAGGAGGCGCAGACGAGGCACGAGCUCGCGGUGAGCAGCAGCAGUAGCACGCUUGAUCUGGUCCUGGAGUUUCUCGAGGGCGGGAAAUUGGUUGUGCCGGACGACUGGCGGGAGAGGGUGGGCAAGGGCGAGGUCGUUGCGGAGGCUGUGCGGGACUGGGAGAUGAAGACGCACGCGGGCCAUGCGGGCAGCGUGGUUGCUAUCUUUCGAGAUGGCGCCGUGUUUGAUAACCAUGCUGCAUAUCGGGCUGCCGUGGAGGCUGUGGGCGUGGACAGGUGUCUCGGGGUGGUGGGCGAGCUGGACGAGGUGUGCAGCAGGCAGGAUCUGCUGGAUGUUGGGUUCUCGAAUGUUGCUGUUGUCCCGCAGGCUGGCCAUGCUGUUGUUAGGCAGCGGGUCCCUGAUGUUGCUACUCUUAUCGAGGAGUUUUGG